AUGAAGACAGUGGUAUUCUUCUUGUGUGUCAUGGGAGCUGCAGCUGCAAUCCCGACAAAUGCAAGGUUCUUAUCUGAUCAUUACCAACCGACUGCUGAUUCUUUGAGUUCCAUGCAACAGGCUGAAACCUCAGUUUCAGUAAUACCCAACAACACUGCAAUUCCUGCUUUAGAAAUUGACUAUGAAGAAUAUGAAGAAGAAACUGCAGUCUCUACAGAAGAUGAUCCCAAUUUUAAUGCUGAAAAAUUUUCAAUACUAAAGUCAAAAGAGGAAAACAAUGAACAAGUAGAAGAAAAAGACCAGAAUAAUAGCCAAGAGCUGGGACUGAAAGAUCAAGAGAACAGUGACGAUGGCUUAGGUAUGAAUUUGGAAAACCAACCAACCAAAGGAACACUGGACCUAAAAGAAGAUAGGAGUGAUAUUAAAAAAAAAAGUCUACCAGAGAAUACUGACUUUCUUGUUCCUGAUGUUAGUUCCACUGUGGAUUAUAGUCAACUAGAAAGUAUCACAGAGAAAGAAACACACCAAGAUCAUCAGUUGAACAGGAACAGCAAACAUAGCCAAGAACAAAGUGAUCAAAUAAACCAAGAGCAGGAUCCAAAUACUCCCAAAGGGGAGGAGCAAGAGCCAAGAGCAGUUGGUACUCACAAUGAUAACCAAGAAAAGGAGAAAGAAUUUCCCAAGGAACACUCUAAUAGCUAUCAGCAGGAAGACAGCACUCAACCUGAUGAUAUUUUGGAAGAGUCCAGUCAACCAACUCAAAUCAGCAAGAUUCAGGAGGAAGAAUUUGAGCAAAGUAACCAAGAACAAGAAGAUGAUAACUCCAAAGCAGAAAUGAAAGGGGAAAAUGCAUCAGAAAUCAAUAAGCACUUUCAAGAGACUGAAUGGCAGAGCCAAGAGGGAAAAAUUGGCCUUGAAAUUAUCAGCACCCAAAAGGAGAUGGAUAAAAAGACUGUUCCUGAAGCUUUGCUUGUGGAGCCUACUGAUGAUGGUAACAGCAUGCCCAGAAAUCAUGAGGCUGAGGACAGUGGUAAUGGUCCCAGGCACAGUGUGGGUGAUGACUACAUGAUCCCAAGCCAGGUUGUCCUGGAGAGUGAAAGAGCUCAAUCCAAUCACUAUCACAUCAAUGAUCAGGAGCCAAAAGAAAGAGCACAUGAAAAUGAGAGUGUCAAUAGCAGUGGACCUAGAGAAUCUCAAAGGGGCAAGAAAGCAGAGAGCUCACCGAAUGAAGACGAAAAUUCAAGUGAAGGUAAUAUGAGGGUGGAAGGUAUUGAUCCUUGCAUGAGUUUCCAGUGUAAAAGAGGACACAUUUGUAAGGCUGACCUACAAGGAAAACCCCACUGUGUUUGCCAAGAUCCAAUGACUUGUCCUCCUACAAAACUCCUUGACCAAGUUUGUGGCACUGACAAUCAGACCUAUGCUAGCUCCUGUCAUCUCUUUGCUACCAAGUGUGGAUUGGAAGGGACCAAAAAGGGCCACCAACUGCAGCUGGAUUAUUUUGGAAGCUGCAAAUCUAUCCCUGCUUGUACGGACUUUGAAGUGACUCAAUUUCCUCUACGAAUGAGAGACUGGCUCAAGAAUAUCCUCAUACAGCUUUAUGAACAUAAGCCCGAACAUGCUGGAUAUCUAAAUGAGAAGCAGAGGAACAAGGUCAAGAAAAUUUACCUGGACGAAAAGAGGCUCUUGGCCGGGGACCAUCCCAUUGACCUUCUCUUAAGAGACUUUAAGAAAAACUACCACAUGUAUGUGUAUCCUGUGCACUGGCAAUUUAGUGAACUUGACCAGCAUCCCAUGGAUAGAGUCUUGACACAUUCAGAGCUUGCUCUUUUGCGAGCAUCUCUGGUGCCCAUGGAACACUGCAUAACCCGCUUCUUUGAGGAGUGUGACCCCAACAAGGAUAAGCACAUCACUCUGAAGGAGUGGGGCCACUGCUUUGGAAUUAAAGAAGAAGACAUAGAUGAAAAUCUCCUGUUUUGA